UUCCCUCUCUGUGUGCACAUGAUACUGUCCUAGUUACUUGAGCGAUGUCCCUUCUCACACUGUCACACUCUCUCAUCGAGUCCAGACACACUCAGCGAUCCUCUUCUUCAGCAGCCAACACAGUACUCAGUCACAUCAUCUGAAGUACAGGACGUGUUUUACAUCAGGCUCUUUUGGUCGGACUUCAGUGUCUCUUGACUGGACUGAAUAUUUGGGCCUGGUGCUGUGGAGCUCCAGUCCCAUCUGUCGCUUUCUUCUCUCACCUCUCAACACCCCUGCUGCAGCGCCUGGCAGGAGGAAGAGACCGCUGACCCGCCAUGUUUCUCGCACUAGUGGUGACGCCAGAGCUAAGGGAGUUCCUGGCCAGAGCGAGAGGUGGAGCAGCGCGCCUCAUCAAGGUGCGCAUCCAAGACGAGCAGCUGGUGCUCGGGGCCUACAGAGAGCCAGAAAAGAGCUGGGACCAGGAUUACGAUCGUUUCCUGCUUCCCCUCCUCGACGACCAGGAGCCCUGCUACAUCCUGUACCGCCUCGAUUCCCAGAAUGCACAGGGCUACGAGUGGGUCUUCAUAUCAUGGUCUCCUGACCAGUCUCCAGUGAAACAAAAGAUGUUGUACGCCGCCACCCGUGCCACAGUGAAGAAAGAGUUUGGUGGUGGGCAUGUGAAGUAUGAGAUGUUUGGCACAGCUGAGGAGGACGUCUGCUUGCUGGGCUACCAGCGUCAUGUGUCAUCCUGCUCGGGUCCCGCCCCGCUCACAUUAGCUGAGCAGGAGCUCCAGAGGAUCAAAAUCACAGAGGGCCGGGUUAAACAGGUGAAGACGGAGAUCAGCGUGGAGAGCAAGCACCAGACACUUCAGGGCCUCGCUUUCCCUCUGCAGGAGACAGCCAAAAGAGCCCUUCAGCAGCUCGCCCAAAAACGCGUCAACUACAUACAACUGAAACUGGAUGUAGAGAAAGAGAUAAUCGAGCUGGUCCACUGCAACCCGACAGAAACUCGAGAUUUGCCCCGCAGAGUUCCCAAAGACACUCCCAGAUACCACUUCUUCCUCUACAAACACUCCCAUGAAGGAGACUACCUGGAAUCUGUCGUGUUCAUAUACUCCAUGCCAGGGUACAGCUGUAGCAUCAAGGAACGAAUGCUCUAUUCCAGCUGCAAGAGUCGACUACUGGAGGAAGUGGAGAAAGACUACCAUUUGGAAAUUGCUAAGAAGCUGGAGAUCGACAACGGAGAUGAACUGACAGAUGAGUAUCUGUAUGACGAGGUCCAUCCCAAGCAGCACGCCCACAAACAGGCCUUCGCUAAGCCCCGCGGUCCAGCAGGAAAAAGGGGACACAAGCGCCUCAUUAAGGGGACAGGAGAGACCGUGCAGAACAGCUAGAGGCGGACAAAAAUUCUCCCACAGCGGUGCCUCCAGUUCCAGCUGUUCCCAUUUCCCCCCACCCAGACCCACUAACACCUCGUCAGGCCCUGAGGAGUGAGAGCACUGAUGGGUUUCCUCCACCGUUUGUGUACUGAAACACUUGUGAUAUAUAACAAAUAUGUUUUUGAUGGGAAUGUGCUGAGAAAAAAUCUCUGUUUCUCUGUGUUUCUGUUUCUUUCAGACAAAUAUGGCAAAUGAAAAAUAAUAACAAUAUCAAUAUCUAACAAAACAUUACACGUACAACCACCAACAAAAAUCAUUCAUGUUUAUUGAUGAUUUCCUCCAUUUGGAAAAGAGUCAGGCUGAAACGCAGACAGUUGGCCUUGUUACUAUGAAACUCAUCUGUCUGAAUCUUCCAUUGUUGUUAAAAAUAGAUCUGCAGUUUACAAUAUAACAGACUGAACUGAAUUGUAAAUGCGUAGUCACAUGUUUCAGUCCUCAUGUCCUGCCUCCAAUACACGUUUUGUAUCAACAAUGUUUGUAUGAAAAACACAAUAUGAAAGGAAAUUCUGAAUAAAAUCUUUUGUGUA